AUGCUCUCACGUGCUGCUGCAGUGAAGGCACCCCGCACACACAACCGUCGCCGCGUGACCGGAUCCAGCGGGAGGAGGAGGGAAGGAGGAGAGAGUGAGCGGCAGAGGCCCAACAUGUCGCGGCAUCUCUUCUACUCUGCGGUGCUGCUCCUCGUUCUUGUGAUGAUGUGCUGCAACGCUGGUGGUGCUGCGGAAGCUGCUGGGCAGUCACCUGAACCCCAGUUUGGAUGGAAGGACAUCAAGGAUGAGGUGGGUGUAACUGUGGAGUCGUUGGGUGCUCCCGGCCUUCUAAAAGUGGGGAGUGACGUGUUUGCCGUUGCCGAGGCGCAGUGCAAGAAAGAUGAAAACACCUUUACUGGCAUUGCAUCCCAAAUUCUCACGAAAGAUAAUACUAACACACCAGUGGAAAUAAUGAAUGAUGCCAAAAAGGACGCACAGGUUCUGGAGGAAGGCACUACCCCAAACAAAAAAAAAGUAGAUGUGAGCCGACCAACAACAGUUGUGAAGGGAAAAGAUAUUUACAUGCUUGUUGGAAAAAACAGCCGGACAGAUGCCGCUGAUGCUCAGGAGAGGGGUGCAGGUGACUGGGGACUUUUGCUGGUGAAAGGGAAAGUCAACAGUGUUGAAGAAAAUAACAAAAAAAUUGACUGGAAAGAUACCACCGAUGUCCCGCAAGCAUCUGUUGACGAACUAGAUUCCUGGACAGGGUUGACUGGCGGCGGUGGAUCGGGUCUUAAGAUGGAUGACGGUAGGCUCCUGUUUCCAGUGGAAGGCACGAAGAAGGAGAAGAAGGGUGAAUCAAAUGACGGAAAGACCGUCUCACUGCUCAUAUACAGUUCAGAGGAUACUGCUGAGAGUUGGAAGUUAUCGAAGGAGAUUCCUGACGGUGGCUGCAGUGAUCCCUCCGUCGUGGAGUGGAAGAAGAAGGACAAAAAACUCAUGAUGAUGACUGCGUGUGAUGAUGGCCGCCGCAGGGUGUACGAGUCCGGUGACAAGGGGGAGUCGUGGACGGAGGCACUCGGGACACUCUCGCGCGUGUGGGGCAGCAACAAAAAAGGAAAAGCGAAGGCCGUUAGGAGCGGGUUCAUCACAGCGACGAUUGACGGUGUUGAAGAUAACAGAAAUGUGAUGCUCGUUACUCUGCCGGUGUAUCCCGAGAAAGCUGUUACAGGAGGCACUUCAAAGGGAAAACUCCAUCUUUGGCUGACGGACAAUACGCACAUUGUUGAUAUUGGGCCGGUAUCCGAUGAUGACGCUGCCGCCAGCUCCCUGUUGUACAAAAGUGCUGGAAGUGGUGAUAAUGAGAAGGAUGAGUUGAUUGCACUGUACGAGAAGGACGGGGAAAAACCAUCACACAGUCUUUGGUCUGUGCGUCUGACUGCGCAGCUGCAGCGUGUGAAGGAUGUGCUGGCGACGUGGAAGAAAGUGGACGACCGUGUCUCCGAGCUGUGCCCUUCUAAAAGUGCCGCAGAAAGUGCCUCACCUGAAAAUGCCCGCAGCACCGCUGUGAGGAUCACGGAUGGGCUGGUUGGCUUUUUGUCCGGCAACUUCUCUGAGUACACAUGGAGGGACGAGUACCUCGGAGUGAACGCCACAGUGAAGAACAAUGAUGAAGGUAAUAAGGCAACAUUGCAUGCCGGCGGAGUGACGUUCAAAGGAGCGUGGGCGGAGUGGCCUGUUGGCAGGCAGGGGGAGAAUCAGCCGUACCACUUUGCGAACUACAACUUCACUCUUGUGGCGACGGUGUCCAUCGACGGUGAGCCGCAGGAGGGUCCUAUUCCUUUGAUGGGUGUGCAGAUGAAUGACAGCGGGAAGACUGUACUCCUGGGACUGUCGUACAACAAAGAAAAGAAGUGGCAGGUGCUGUGUAGUGGCGGAAAGACAACGGAGCACAGCAGCACUUGGGAGAAGGAUACAACACAUCAGGUGGUGCUUGUGCUACGGAAUGGCACCCAAGGCUCCGCGUACGUCGAUGGUCAGCGUGUGGGUGAGGAUGAGGCGUGUGCAUUGGAGAAUAAGGAUUCAAAAGCGGUAUCCCACUUCUACAUUGGAGGGGAUGGAAACAGUGCGGGCGGCGCAGGGAACCAAGCAGACGUCUCUGUGACUGUGACGAACGUCCUGCUGUACAACCGCCCGUUGGAUGACACUGAGAUCGCCGCCCUCAACCCGAAUAAAGCCCCUACUCCAUCUCCGGUGAAGGAGCCUUCUCAGGGAACCGUGAUUAAGAUUUCUCCUGGUGGUCAAGGAAAGGAGGGACAGAGACAGUUGUUGGGGAGCAGUGAUGUGAAAGGUGUAUCCGCUUCAACAGUGUCCAGUGCCAGGAAUUCCUCAGGAGAAGAGGGGCCUGCAACCCCGUUGGCGUCAGAAGAAUCUUUCGAUGGAAGCAAAAAUGUGGGUGGCGCUUCCUCGCCUGGCAGUGACGCUGCGGUGGAGGUCGCAGGAGGAACUAAUGGGCAGGGGGAGGACAUCCAUGCACGAGACAAGGAAGCAAAGGCUGCGGCACUCAGCAGCAGCCUCGGAAAUGUGUCGCAGGGGAAUAACAGCGAUGCCGGCACUGUGCGUGGGAGCGGACUGCUGCCAUCGCUGCUUCUUCUGUUGGGACUGUGGGGGUUCGCGGCUCUGUGA